UCUGCCCCGUGGAGCGGAACUGAACUGUGUCGGCUAGAGGAGUGGUUGGUUCCAGCUCCAGAUCUCCAGUCAGUAGCUCUCUUCCCCCCCAGCCAGUCAGUAGCUCUCUUCCCCCCCAGCCAGUCAGUAGCUCUCUUCCCCCCCAGCCAGUCAGUAGCUGUCUCCCCCUUUCUUCCCCCCAGAAGUUGGACAUCAUCCCACCACCCCACAUCCACAACAUGAGCGGAAAACGGAAACUGAGUUUCAAGUGGCUUGGGAGUCUCUCCAACCUAUCCUUUCGUCGUGGAUCAUCGUCAGACAAAUCUCCCUCCAAGCCUGACGGGGGCAGAUCUCUGGAUGUGGUAUCCUCCCCCGACGUCGCGGAGACGUCUGUUGACGACAUGGAUAUGACUCGUCCGCGCACCUCCAGCUACGCCCGCUCCAGCGACAACUACACCCACAUGGGCACCUUGCCCCGCCUCCUCCUCAGGAAGAGAGACAAGAGUGGGAAUUCUGUGAAAGCUGGAACCAAGAAGGGGGCAGGGCUGCUGGGCAGAAGUCAGAGCCAGCGGCCAGCACGGGACCAUGUCUGUAGCUCUCCCCUUCUCACAGCUCUAUCUAGCCAGCCUGGCUCCAGACAGGACCAGCCUCGCUCACCUCUAUCCAGCCAGGCUGGUCCUGGGCCAAGGACCCAACAGGCCCACUGUGAGGAAGGAAAACCACAGGCAUGUCAGCUAAUGUCAGCUCAGACUGUGGGGUCUGCUACCUCCUCUACCGCUUCGUCACUUGUCUGUGAUGACGUCCCUAAAGAAAACACAUUCACCACUGAUCAGGGUGUUCCAUCUCCAGAUACAGCAUCAACUGGUGGGGCCAGAAGGAAUCUUCCUCCUGUUCCUGGUCAGUCAGUUUCAAUGUCCUCACAGAGCCAGGUGACCAUUCAGACAGAAGAGCCAUCUCCAACCCCUAAGGUUCCUAAGAAAUCCCUGCCUGGGGCCCAGGUCACCCAGCAUUGUGAGGAGGGCUUCCCCAGGGAGAGAGCAGACAGUAACUCCAGCUCCCUGCCUGAGACGGCCUCCUGUGGUUCUAGUGGAAGAGACCUUCAGAUGGAAACUCAUCCUGGUGAGCCUGUGAACAGCCACAUGGACCCAGCAGACAGCCAGGGUGAAUAUGUCAAGUUCUCCAAGGAGAAGUACCUGCUGGAGUCUCCACCAGAGAAACUACACACGGAGCUGGAGGAGGAGCUGAAACUCUGCAGCAGCGAUAUCAGGAGUCAUGGCUGGUACCAUGGACACAUCCCACGAGAGGUGUCGGAGACGGUGGUGCUGCGAAACGGUGAUUUCCUGAUCCGUGAUUCGCUGAUAAACGUGGGUGACUAUGUCCUGACGACCAGGUGGAACUACGAGGUUCUGCACUUCAAGAUCACCAAGGUCCUGGUCAGGUCCAGCACUGAGUCUAAGGUCCAGUACCUGUUAGAGAAAGACAGUUUCGACUCUAUACCUGAGCUGAUGAGGUACUACGUGGCCGGACGGCGACCUGUCUCCCAGCCCAGCGGAGCCCUGAUCUACUGUCCAAUCAUACGCACCCUCCCCUUGCGUUACCUGGAAGCAAUGUUUGCCUUAGCCAAUAGCAGACAUGGCCUAGCCCACUCACCAUCCAGUCAGAAAGGAGCGUACAUCAAGAGGCGGAGCGUGACCAUGAACGACGGAUUGAGCACGGACAAGCUGAUACCUCACAGUGACGUGGAGUCCAUCAGUCCAGUGGAACCACCAGUUCCCCCAGUCCCAGUACCAGUCCAAGUACCAGUCCAAGUACCUUCACCAAUACCAGUAGCAGUACCAGUUGUUCCAAAGCCAGAAGUUGAGGCUGCUGUCGUGGGGUGCAGGUGCUCCUCUAUUAUUCACAACCACAAAGACGCCAUGAGGAACUGUGCUCUGAGUAUGGACCUCAUCCAGGAGUAUCGCCGUCCUCCUGUAGGGGAGACACCUCUCUCCCCAGCCUACAGCCACAUCCACAGACACAGAACCCAGUCAGGGGUUAGAGAUCUGGCAGUGGUGCCCACCUCGCCAGUCCUGAGACACUCCAGCGACCCCCAGCUCAGCCCUGGCUCCAACAACAACCUACCCGACAUGCUAGCAGCCAGCUCCCACUCCACCCCGGCCCACUGCUCCUACGAAACCCCAGCAGAUGGCUCCGAGACGGGGGGCAGCUACUGCGACUUACGGCCCACCCCGGCCCUCUGUCCUAAGGCUCCCUGUGCCGCCGGCAUGCCCCCCACACCUCCCACUAAGAGCUACGUGGAGAGGCUGCGUGUGGAGGAGGGCCGAGGGCCUGCCCCAGGGAGGGAGGAUGGGGCUGGAGAAGAGGCGUUCAUCGCCCCCCUGGUGGAGACAGCCUCCUCCUUCAGACCAGGGAAGUACAUCUCUCCCCUGAUGCCCCAGGAGAACAAGCCCUUAGAGAUGAGCAUUCUGAAGAGGGUUAAAGAGCUUCUGGCGGAGGUGGACGUUAGGACGGCUGCUAAACACAUCACCAUGACUGACUGCACGGUUGCUAGGAUACUGGGUGUUACCGAGGAGAUGCAGAGGAUGAUGGGAGUGGGCUCAGGACUGGAGUUGUUGACUCUUCCUCACGGACACCAGCUGAGACUGGACCUACUGGAGCGGUUCUAUACUAUGUCUAUAAUGACAGCUGUGGACCUGCUGGGCUGUACAGGCAGUAAAGAGGAGAGGGCUGCUCUGCUCCAUAAGACCAUCCAGCUGGCUGCUGAACUCAAGAGCAACCUGGGGAACAUGUUUGGCUUCGCCGCUGUGAUGAGAGCACUGGAACUACCACAGAUCUCUCGUCUGGAGCAGACGUGGAGGACGUUACGUCAGAGACACACAGAGGGAGCCAUCCUCUAUGAGAAGAAGCUCAAGCCGUUCAUGAAGAACAUGAAUGAUGGCAAAGAGAGCACUGUGCUGUCCAACACCACCUUCCCUCAUGUGGUUCCUCUGCUGUCUCUGCUGGAGAGGAGUGUGGCUGUGGGGGAGGGGCCAGGGGCGGGGAUAGAAUCCUGGGAGAAAGUGGAGGCGGGGGUUGACGUGGUGAUGUCACACCUGGAGGCGGCCCGGACCAUCGCUCACCAUGGGGGGUUGUACCGCACCAACGCUGAGACCAAACUACAGGGCUUCCAGGAGAGGGAGGAGGUUCUGGAGAUCUUCCGGACAGAGUUCCAGAUGAGGUUGCUAUGGGGAAGUCGGGGGUCGGAGGGCAGCCAAUCAGAGCGCUAUGAGAAGUUUGACAAAGUCCUGACCGCUCUGUCUCACAAGCUGGAACCUCUUGUACGCCACAGUGAACUAUAGCAUCCAUCUCAUCGAACACCCCUAUACACAGCACUCACAGUGGUAUGGCCCGUCUCCCCACACUGCUGCUGGAUGAUUCCAAUGUGAGGGGAGGAAGCAGCUAACAGAGACAAGAGAAUAGACUGAGAGAGGACGAGGGUACGCUAGGAGAGAAGGAUCGUUUUAUUGUAUAUCCCAAUAAAAGUCAUAAAGGGCUUUUCAGAGCUCUUAAACAGUGUGAGAAGUUACAUAUUCUGCCUAUCUUCAAAGUACAGAUAAUUGUAUGGUGUGCGCUUAGGGUCAAACAGCACAGGGGAGGGAGUAUAGGGAAGACAAAGCUCUGAUUUUUCUAAAACCUCCCUCACUAGUACUGUCACACUCUGUAGUAUCACCAACUUAAAGAGACAGUAAUAUUUAAAACAAUGUUUGUGCUCUUCAGGACACCUGUAUAAUAGAUAUAAAACGAUCUAUCUCUCUGACCUGUGUCACCAGACCUCAGCUUCAGACUCAGAGGUAGUGUGUCCUGGAAUCUGUUGUUCUUGUAUAGACUCUCUGCAUGUCUGCCAUUCAUUCCAUAUUCCAUCACGUCCCCUGCUGAUGACACCUGCUGGUCUCUUAUCUAUCUGUUUUGAACAAGUCAUAAUAUAUGUUAUGUUUCCAAAUCACAUCAGCUGUCUGAGGCGUACUGUGCUCUGCCUACAAGCCUUUUCUCUCUGUGAACUUUGUUUGUGCUGUUCAGUGGCAGCUGUCUUAUAUGAGGGCUCUUCUGAGAAGCAUUCACCCCCCUCUUCUUUUCUCCGUUUCUGGCAUGUCAUAAAUGUUUCUCAAAUCAAAACCAAAUCAAACUGUAUUGGUCACAUGCACAUAUUGGGCAGAUGUUAUUGCGGGUGUAGCGAAAUUCUUCUGGCAUGUCAUUAAUGUUUCUGGCAUGUCAUUAAUAGCAUGUCAUUAAUGUUUCUGGCAUGUCAUUAAUAGCAUGUCAUUGAUGUUUCUGGCAUGUCAUUAAUAGCAUGUCAUUGAUGUUUCUGGCAUGUCAUUAAUAGCAUGUCAUUGAUGUUUCUGGCAUGUCAUUAAUAGCAUGUCAUUGAUGUUUCUGGCAUGUCAUUAAUAGCAUGUCAUUAAUGUUUCAUAUGACUCCUGAUUUUGUUUGAGUGAUGUUUGGUAGCUGUUAUCUUAUUGGGAGCUCUUCUGGGAAGCAUUCCUCUCCUCAUUUCUGGCAUGCCAUUAAUAUUUCCUGAUGACUCCUGUCCCAUUUACAUCAUAUGAGCAUGUUUUUUCUGCACUUGUCACACACACAAUUAAAAAUACCCAUAAUGCACUCUCACCUGUUUGUGUGAACUAUUGUACUUCAGGCACAUGUGUUAUAAUGUAAAACACUGACUGUGCUGUUCUCUUGAUCGUUACUUAGAUUGUUUUGAAAGGCGUGGCAUUCCAAAUAAUGAGUGAUACAUUUUUUUCUCUUCCGGACAAACUUUGUUGUCAUGGUAACAUGUUUGACAGACUUUGUUGACAUGGUAACGUAACAUGUUUGAGCCUCUGCUGUUCCCAUACGAUUCAGGUUUUAACCGGCGUGAAUGAAUGUGCUUUGGUCUGAAAGCGAUCCAGAACGUUCUCAGGGCAGAAUGGAGCCCCCCCCUCCAGACCUAGCCUGGUCCCAGAUCUGUCUGUGCCGCCUUCUUACCAACGCCUAUGGUCAUUGCCAGCCAAACGAUGCCCAUAGGAUUUGGCACGACAGCACAAAUAGAUGUGGGACCAGGCUACCUCAGACCCCCUCAGUGACUGCAUGAUGGACUGUGUGUUGUUUUGUAUGUAAGAUGUGUGAUUGAUAUGGACAGGGUUUUGAAAAGUCAUUGAGAACAUUCUACUCCAAAACCAUGAAGAAAGUUUAUUCACAAAGUCAUCGUAGGAUCCUCAUGCGAUUUCACUCACUCAAAUUCAUCUCCAUAGAAUGUCCUCUAAAAAAUGUAUUGUUAAUGAAAUGCUUUAGUGAAAUAAAUGUCAUUUAAAAUGCAACUUCAAUGUGAGGGCUUAGAGGAAUCUGACAACUUCCUUGGAACUAAAUACAUUGGUGGUCACGUUACUGUCACAGUGGUCACGUUACUGUCACAGUGGUCACGUUACUGUCUCAGUGGUCACGUUACUGUCUCAGUGGUCACGUUACUGUCUCAGUGGUCACGUUACUGUCACAGUGGUUACGUUACUGUCACAGUGGUUACGUUACUGUCACAGUGGUCACGUUACUGUCACAGUGGUCACGUUACUGUCUCAGUGGUCACGUUACUGUCGCAGUGGUCACGUUACUGUCGCAGUGGUCACGUUACUGUCGCAGUGGUCACGUUACUGUCGCAGUGGUCACGUUACUGUCACAGUGGUUACGUUACUGUCACAGUGGUCACGUUACUGUCGCAGUGGUCACGUUACUGUCGCAGUGGUCACGUUACUGUCGCAGUGGUCACGUUACUGUCGCAGUGGUCACGUUACUGUCGCAGUGGUCACGUUACUGUCGCAGUGGUUACGUUACUGUCGCAGUGGUCACGUUACUGUCACAGUGGUCACAUUACUGUCACAGUGGUCACGUUACUGUCUCAGUGGUCACGUUACUGUCACAGUGGUUACGUUACUGUCACAGUGGUUACGUUACUGUCACAGUGGUCACGUUACUGUCACAGUGGUCACGUUACUGUCACAGUGGUCACGUUACUGUCGCAGUGGUCACGUUACUGUCGCAGUGGUCACGUUACUGUCGCAGUGGUCACGUUACUGUCGCAGUGGUCACGUUACUGUCGCAGUGGUUACGUUACUGUCGCAGUGGUCACGUUACUGUCACAGUGGUCACAUUACUGUCACAGUGGUCACGUUACUGUCACAGUGGUCACGUUACUGUCACAGUGGUCACGUUACUGUCACGUUACUGUCACAGUGGUCACGUUACUGUCACAGUGGUCACGUUACUGUCACGUUACUGUCGCAGUGGUCACGUUACUGUCACAGUGGUCACGUUACUGUCACAGUGGUCACGUUACUGUCACAGUGGUCACGUUACUGUCACAGUGGUCACGUUACUGUCACGUUACUGUCGCAGUGGUCACGUUACUGUCACAGUGGUCACGUUACUGUCACAGUGGUUACGUUACUGUCACAGUGGUCACGUUACUGUCACGUUACUGUCGCAGUGGUCACGUUACUGUCACAGUGGUCACGUUACUGUCGCAGUGGUUACGUUACUGUCACAGUGGUCAUGUUACUGUCGCAGUGGUCACGUUACUGUCGCAGUGGUCACGUUACUGUCGCAGUGGUCACGUUACUGUCGCAGUGGUUAUGUUACUGUCACAGUGGUCACGUUACUGUCACAGUGGUCACGUUACUGUCACAGUGGUCACGUUACUGUCGCAGUGGUCACGUUACUGUCACAGUGGUCACGUUACUGUCGCAGUGGUCACGUUACUGUCGCAGUGGUUAUGUUACUGUCACAGUGGUUACGUUACUGUCACAGUGGUCACGUUACUGUCGCAGUGGUCACGUUACUGUCACAGUGGUUACGUUACUGUCACAGUGGUCACGUUACUGUCACAGUGGUCACGUUACUGUCGCAGUGGUCACGUUACUGUCUCAGUGGUCACGUUACUGUCAUAGUGGUCACGUUACUGUCACGUUACUGUCACAGUGGUCACGUUACUGUCACAGUUGUCACGUUACUGUCUCAGUGGUCACGUUACUGUCACGUUACUGUCACAGUGGUCACGUUACUGUCACGUUACUGUCACAGUGGUCACGUUACUGUCACGUUACUGUCACAGUGGUCACAUUACUGUCGACACAAAGCACUAUGACUGAUGAUCAUGAUGAGUAGUUAUUAUCAGUUAUUUAUCAUCAGUGUCUGCUGAUUGGUUUCUAAUCAAAUAUGUAUUUAGGCUGACUCAGAUCUAUGCAAUCACUUUAAUUCAUGAAUUAAUCAAAUAAUGGUUUAGUCCCAUAGGAAACAAGCAGAGUAGACUCUGCUUCACCCUGAGGAUGUGAGUUGUGUGUGAGUGCCAGCCAGACGGUGCUUCCCAGGUUAUAUUAAUUAAGCACCAAACAAAGGAAAACAGGCUGAAACAGGGAGGGAUUAUCUGAACAUGUCCAAUUGUUUUUGUCUUCUAAUAAAUACGACCCCAGUCAACCAGUGAGUAUAAAUGAUGGGAGUCUAAUGACCAAUUGUCCCUUCUGUCCAGAAGAGGGCACUGUUGUUCAGUCAGCAAAACAAUCCAGAGUUAAUAUUGAAUUGGAUUUUGUGAUUUUGUGUUUUUUUGCGAUUAUGAAUAAAGGCUACUGGUUUAGGAACAAUGAUGAUGUGCUGUAUGUAAUGAUGUUUGUCUCACCUUAUGUUGUACUGAUUACAUGUGUGUUUUUUCCCUGUUGUAAAUAGUCAAUCUGGAAUGAUGAACCUGUAAAGAGACAGGACAAAAUACUCCCAUGUUUGUGUAACCCACGUUUUUUUCAUGUACUGUACAUAACGGUUCACUUGUUUUUCAAAUAAAUAAAGCUUUUGUCGAUGCUU